GUAUCAAUGUUGCUUCCAUGUAACCUGACAGGGUUACGAAUCGGCACAAAUAGAAUCCCGUAUUUCUCAGUUCUUCACAGUCUGCUCCAUACUCAUGGAGGCUUUCGAGCCCGUGGUGCAUGUGGUAGUAUUUUGGGCGAAACUCUUCAGCACAUUCGCCAAGCUCUCUAAAAGCCAUUGGCCAUUGGUAGCGCGCUCAUGCACCACCCAGAGCAAUGCUUGGAAUUCCUCAUGGCAAACGCUUUUGGACUACGACACCUUGAUACCCAAGGUAGUACCAAGGCGGCGGCAGCAGGAGGAAGUAUGAAGAAGCGGUCAAAGAGCCUCUCUAAUCCUCUCGAGCGAAUAGAGACAACAAAGAACGAUAGGCAGCUUAUGGUAACGGCCGUGAAAGGAAG